CUUCUACGGAAGCAGCCGCGGCCGCCAUUGUGCGGCGCUAGUCCACUCAAAGGGUGUCAGCUGCGGCCCGCGCUUUGGGCUGUCGUCGUAGCUUCUUGGUCGUCUGUCCGCGGAGCCCGGCGGGACCGGGACUCCCGUCCGUGCCGGUGCGGGCGCCGGCAUGUGGCUAUGGGAGGAACAGGGGGGCCUCAUGGGCCCCUUCUCCUUCCUGAUGAUGAUGCUGCUGCUGGUGACGCGCAGUCCCUUCAAUGCCUGCCUCUUCACCGGCAGCCUCUACCUCCUGCUGCGCCUCUUCAGCUUUGAGCCGGUGCCCUCCCGCAGGGCCAUGCAGGUGCUCAAGCCCCGGGACCGCGUCUCCGCCAUCGCCCACCGCGGCGGCAGCCACGACGCGCCCGAGAACACGCUAGCGGCCAUUCGGCAGGCAGCUAAGAAUGGAGCGACAGGCGUGGAGUUGGACCUUGAGUUUACUUCUGAUGGGAUUCCUGUCUUAAUGCAUGAUAGCACAGUAGAUAGGACAACUGAUGGCACCGGUCGAUUGUGUGAUUUGACAUUUGAACAAAUUAGGAAGCUUAAUCCUGCAGCAAAUCACAGAUUAAGGAAUGAUUUCCCUGAUGAAAAGAUUCCUACCCUGAGCGAAGCUGUUGCAGAGUGCCUAAAUCGUAACCUCACAAUCUUCUUUGAUGUCAAAGGCCAUGCAAAUAUGGCUACUGAUGCUCUAAAGAAAGUAUAUAUGGAGUUUCCUCAACUAUACAAUAAUAGUAUUGUCUGCUCUUUCUUGCCAGAAGUUAUCUAUAAGAUGAGACAAGCAGAUCAGAAUGUAGUAACAGCUUUAAUUCACAGACCUUGGAGCCUUAGCCAUACAGGAGAUGGGAAACCACGCUUUGAUACUUUGUGGAAACAGUCCAUGUUUGUGGCAUUGGACAUUUUGCUCGAUUGGAGUAUGCAUAAUAUCUUGUGGUACUUGUGUGGAAUUUCAGCUUUCCUCAUACAAAAGGAUUUUGUAUCUCCGGACUACUUGAAGAAGUGGUCAGCUAAAGGCAUUCAGGUUGUUGCUUGGACUGUUAAUACUUUUGAUGAAAAAAGUUACUAUGAAUCCCAUCUUGGUUCCAGCUAUAUCACGGACAGCAUGUUGGAAGACUGCACACCUCACUUCUAGACUUUUCCCCCAGGGAGGAAACACAGCAGAACAGAGAUUCAGUGAAUGGAACAGAUAUCUAAACUGCAUGACUGCCAUGCCACGUUAUGACUAGAGUGACAAGAGGAAGAGAAAGGGACCAAAGAAAACAUCUGAGGACUGAAUUCCCCCUUUGGCUUACCUGCAGAGGCUAUACAGCGACUGACAGGGAAGAAAUUCUCUCGGGGGCAGCACAGAGUUCACAACAUCCCUUCUGUGGUGUGAAGACCUUUUGAGAGCCAGAAGUUCUCUGUCUCUUGACCUUUGUCCCAAAUCCGUACUGCACUUGACUCAGCCAGGCCCAAUUAAGGAUUGAGAUCCUAUGCUAAGGUGGUCGUGGGCCUUGAAGAAUGGAGAAUUCAGAUGAAGAAAGAAGGUGUUAAUUACUUACUUGGAAGGUUUGGUAAAGGGGUUAAAAACAGGAUUUUUUUUUUUUUUGGCUGCAUUGGGUCGUCUUUGCUGCGCGCGGGCUUUCUCUAGUUGUGGUGAGCUGGGGCUACUUGGCUACUCUUCAUUGCAGUGCGCAGGCUUCUCAUUGUGGCGGCUUCUCUUGUUGUGGAGCACGGAUUUCAGUAGUUGCAGCACACAGGCUCAGUAGUUGUGGCUCGCGGGCUCUAGAGUGCAGGCUCAGUAGUUGUGGCACACG